AAAAUAUGCUCGUGUGUGUAAGUGGAAUUGCCUUUUUGUCUGUACGAUUGUUCGUGAAGGAAAAUUAGGGUUUUCUCAUCGCGGAAGCGCAUAGGCAAAACAAGUACACAGUAACCGUAGAAAAGCAAUGUAAAAUUGUGAGUGUGUGAAAAAAUGAGCUAAUGAAAGUGUUGUGUUUCGCGCUCUGCACUCAACCAAUCAAUGGUGUAGCAACCGUAAAACUGAGCCAAAACUUCCGUUUUGCAAUCUCCGGUGUGUUUGCUGGUGGUUAGAGCACGUGUGUGAGUGUGUGUGUGUGUGUGGCCCCGUGCCUAGUCCAGUUGUGCGAGGUGAUUAGACCUCAUCGAUAUCUCCGACCCGCACGCACUUGCAAUGGUGAAAAGGAAUGCAGCGGCCGCAAUCGUUGAAGUCGACCGGUUGCAGCAGUUCGAGUCAUCGCCAAAGCGAAUGAAACAUGGCCCGGCAGCAACAGCAGCAGCAACGUCGGUCACACCGACCACUGCAGCUUCACCACCAGCUGCUGCCGAGCUGUCCUCGCCUAAUAUCAGCGCGAGUGAGUUCACGCUCAGCAAGGAAUUUGUUGAUGGUACGAUGCUGAUGGAUCUGACUUUGAAACAAUGGCGUAUCGGCAAACCAAUUGGCAAAGGAAGCUUUGGUGAAAUAUUUCUUGCAUCGGAUGAUAUCGACACGCCCGUCACGAGUGAGAAUGCAAAGUAUGUGGUCAAAAUUGAACCACAUUCAAAUGGGCCACUGUUUGUCGAGAUACACUGUUUGCUCAACACCGCCAAACGAACAGAAACAUGCAUCAUCCCGCCAGGCAUGCCGGAGUACAUUGCAUCCGGAUCGCAUAUGUUCAAGGACGAACGGUAUCGCUUCCUUAUCCUCAAGCGCUACCAGCGUGAUCUGCACUCGCUGAUAAAGAAUAAGCGUGUCAAUCCGAAAAGUAUCCCUGUGAUCGCCUGCCAAAUACUGGACGUGCUGGAACACUUGCACGAUCAAGGCUAUGUGCAUUCGGACAUAAAGGCAGAAAAUUUAAUGAUCGGCACGGUGGACGGUGCGAUAAAAAUUGGCAGGACGAACCAUUUGUCCAAUGGUCAGAACGGUACGGACGAUCAGCAUCAGCCUCAGCGUUCCAAUGGAAUGACACUGCCAGAAGGGAAAGGAUCGAAACGUGCAACGAAGGUCUUCGCUGGGCACCAUCAUCAGGUCAACGGAAGUGGUGCAGCUGUGCAGGAAAAUGGGCUGUACUUUCAUCAGGAGCAGGAAAUGUGUACACGUACGCGUAAUCUGCGUCCUCUGAAAACGGUCACGUAUCGUGAUUUGAGUGAUGAAGAUGAGCGUGCAGCGAGCGCUGUCCGAUCAAGAGGUAAUUUACCGAGAAGACGUGGCCGGCGGCGACAGAACGAUACAUUGUUUAGUUGUUCCAUAUCGCCGCGACGCUUGGGAUACGAGGAACUGAGAGCUGCUACGGAGGAAGCGCAUUGGAAUGAACUGAAACGUGCAUUGCUACCGAAGACAACGGUGGAAGAGCAUGUACCAGCGGAAGAACGCAUACAUUUGAUAGAUUUUGGCCUGGCGUCGAAGUUUGUCGAUUCAAGUGGUCAGCAUAGAGCGUUUUGCAUGGAUCAGCGCCGUGCACACGACGGUACGCUUGAGUUUACCUCGCGAGACGCACACAUGGGUGCACAUGCCCGUCGCAGCGAUCUGGAGUGCCUCGGCUACAAUCUGGUGUACUGGAGCCGUGGAUUUCUGCCCUGGAAGGAUGAGAAGUUGCUCAACCAACCGGAACAGGUGCACCGUAUGAAGGAGUACUUUAUGACCGAUGUGCGUGAGAUGUUGCGUUUAAUCUAUGGCGAGGAUUGUCCGGGGUAUCUUAGUGAUUUCCUAGCGUACGUUGGCAACCUGACGUACGACGAGCGACCAGACUAUCAGUACUGCAAGUCUCUGUUUUACAAAGAGCUGAAGCGAUUGGGCUGCCCCGUGAGUCGUACCCAACCGCUGCGGCUAGAUGUGGGUGCAAUCGUGCAGUUAAGUGUACCGUUGACAGCGCAAGAUGAAGCAGAGAUAACGAACAAAAUCAACCAUGUCAAGUCGCUCAUGAAGCUGGGCGCAAUCAUACCGUACCGUGAGAGUACACUCCACAGCAAGGCGUCCUCGCCGAAGAAUCUUCGUUCGAAGCGAAGUGAUGCGAAUGGUAGGAAUUCGAUUGCACCGACGGCGACCACCGUCACGGACGGUGGUGGGACAGUAUCGGGCGCAUCGAUACCGAAUACCCAGAACGCUGCCGGAUCGACGAUCUGCACGCGGAAGAAGGAGAAACAAUUCUCGUGCGAAGAUAUUUUUGCAACCGAUGCGGACCAGAUUGCGCGUGAUCGCGUCGAAAAGGAGUUUGAACGUGCAGAACAAAUGGAGGAAACGGUCAUUCGUUACACGGGCAGACCAACGUACGCGAUACAAGAGUUGCUGGAGCGAAAGUCACGUGGCCACAGUCUUGGCGGGUGUUUGGAGUACACGGAAAGUGAAGGAUACAUCAAGGGUUACACGAAACCAAUGAUGGAUAUACUGCGUAAACGGCAGUCCCAAUUGUUCCGUCAGUUUGAGGAAAAGAAUUGCUCCGACAAGAGCAAUGAAGUAGUGAGUAACAUGAAAGCAAAGACCGAGUCACGUAUUGCCGCCAACCGACAGACUGCUAAGAAGGACUCGGCAAGUGACAAUGAAAAUGCUCCUAUGGAGCAAGAUAGCGAUCGGGAGAUCGAUGAUGAAAGUACAGAUGAAGGAGAAGAAGAGGAGGAUGAUGUUGUGGCUUUGGAAACUUCCCCGGGUAAUGAUUAUGAAGACGACGAUGAUGUCAGUGUGGUAAAAUUAUCAAAGUAUGAGCAAGAUGACGACUAUGAGCUGGCUUCAGAAGAUGAAGAUGAUGAAGACUUGUUGGAGGAUGACGAUGAAAAGGAGGCGGAAAGCAGUGAAGAGGAGGAGGACGAAGAGGAAGAAGAGGACGGCGAAGGUGAGGAGGAGGAAGAGGAAGUGGUUGAAGAUUACGAGGAAGAACAAGAACAAGAGGAACCAGUGGUACAGAAUGGUUAUGAAUCGAGGGGUUCCCAUCGUCGCAAGAAGGAAGGCAAAAGUCGCAAAAAGGAAGAUACGGACAGUGACUUCAUUAACGAUGGUGGCUGUGAGGUGGAAGGGAGUGAUCAGAGCAACCUUCCGGAUGGGGAGGAACCAGUGGAGGAAAACGACGACGAAGAUCAACAGGAUAGUGACUUUAAUGAUCAGGAUAGCACAGCAACUGAUGUGGUCGUACCGGAUGAACGGCCGCCGAAACGUAAUCCUGGCAGACCGUGUAAAAAGCAACAAUCUGAUAGAGCUAGCAAUGGCCGUAAGUUGGCUAAAGGACGAGGUGGUCAAAAUGCCAGCUGUAAAAGCGAUGCGAUGUCACCCGUUGGUACCCAUGACAACGAGGAGGAAGCUAGUGACGAUCCUGCCGUCAUGGAUCGUUACAGUGGGAAGAGGCACGUUACUAAACAGCGAUCAGGUCAUCGCAAAAAACGUAAGCAGCUGGAAGUGCUGGAUGAUGGUGAUGGUGACAAUGCGCGGCUGUUCGAGGAUCAGCUUGAAACCGGAAGCCAGUUGGACGAUGUUCAGGAAACGAUACGAAAGCAGAGCCAUCACCACUACAAUAACAAUAAUCACUGCAACAGUAAGGCAUACUAUGGCGAUGUGGACGAUUCGUCGCAUGAUAUGGCCCCACCCAGUAGUAUGGCUGGUGGUAUGGGAACGAUUGACAGGAACGCUUCAAAGUAUCGAUAUGUGAAGCGUCGUAAGUCCGGGCUUCGGGAACGUAUUCGGCCUACAGAUCGUGGCACCGACUAUGCGGACAAUAUGCAGCGUAAGCGAAAAGCAGCACUGCAGAAUAAGAGGCGUCGGGAAUCGGCCGCUCUGCCGGCCGAUGGUUCCGUUGCCGAGGAAGACUAUUCGUGCAGCAGCAGCACUAGCAGUAGCAGCAGCUGUAGCAGCAGUAGUGGUAGUACUAGUCACUCAGUCUCCUCAUCAUGUACCAGCAACCGUAGCCGGAUGGUAUCACACUGUUCUUCGGCAGCAUCGCUUGAUUCUGCUUCGGUCGUUUCGUCGCAGAUACGGCGAGGGAGGAAACGCAAACAAGUUGUUACCAUAUCGUCGCGUGAUAGCAGUGUAACGCGACAGUCGGCAGCACAAUGCUCGAGCAUUACCGUACGGUCACGGAAAAAGCGUACCACAACAGUGACGGACAACGAUACGGGGCACUCAAAUAAUCGUUGGAGCCGGUCAUAUUCGAACGGCAGUCAAUCGGCGGCUACAUCCCGCUCAUCGUCCGUGUCCGCGUCCGGCAAUCUGCCGCCAAGGUUACUGACCUUGCCCGAGCAUCAGGUGGAUGAGUUUGUCGUGGAAGGCGAUGAGUCGCGUGAUGUAGACUUUUCGCCCAUCUGUACCAGACGAAGGCGUAAAGCGACGGUCGAUACAGAAGCAACCAAUGGUGGUGGUACUAUUUCGCGGAAAGCUUCCACGACGACGGCCAUUCGGAAAAGGAAUGAUUCGAAAGGUGUGAUUGGUAAAGGUACAGGUUCGGCACCAUCAUCGUCAUCGUCCGGUUCCGCUGUGAAUGGCGGAGGGAUUAGUCUUCCUUCGGCGUACGGAUCUUCUUCCUCCAUCCCGCGAAGCCUGGGCAUUAUUCAGCCACCACCGGCACCGGAUGCGGCGGCUGCCCUCAUACAACAUCACCACCACCACCACCACCAGCAGCAGCAGCAACAGCAGCACCGGGUCCGUCGUCCACAUCAUCACAUGGCUUACCAAAACUAUUACCGGGUGAACGAACAGCAUCAUCUGCCAUCAACGAUGCUGGUACGGACGUACAGCCGGGGAUAGUAAGGCGGAACGAACAGAAGAUUAGGAUUACAACUAGGAUGUUGUCAUGUUAUUGUGAACAUAUAGGUAGAAGAACCACAUACCGUUCUUACAAUAUGCAAAAUGUACUUCUGUUUCAAUUUAGUGGUUUGUGUACAUAUGUGUAAAUACUUAGCCAGUAAUCAUUCACUCUCCUAUUAAAUUUAUAGAAUGCUUCUUCUACACAUAACUACACACUAUGUAUUGAGACUAGAAGUAGCGAAUUAGUGCAUAAAUCCAAUGAUAUGGUUUAUGUGGAUAAGCGAAACGAAGGUUCAGAACAAUAGAUUUUGUGUGCUCUCCUCCGUACUAUGUGUGGAGCGUUGUUCCUCUUAGUCUGUUUUUUUUUUCUAAACUAUGCCUUUGCAUGAGUGAAGUGCAUUGAAGUGCAUUCCUUCGCUUCAUUGUUAAAUUUCAACCGAUAGGAAUUUGUUUCCAUUCCUGGCUGAACGGGAACGGUAUUGUUGUGUGUCCUGCUGGGUGUAGGAAUCGGGUUUGCUCAUAGUUCAGUUCAGACAAAAACCAAGCCUUACUUGUGCUCGGUUCCGAGUUUCAGGCGUCGAGCAUUUUCGGUUCGGUUGUUUUUUUUUUGUUGAAAAACUUAUUUGAUCGAAUUCUUGUCGAUAGCAGCAGCUGUACAUUAUUUGGUUCCGCACAGCGUAAACCCACUCUCUCAAAACGGACAGUUUUUUUAAAUCGUCAAAAUAGCGAAAUAAAAGCCCCCCAUGAUGCUUUUAAAUAUCACUGCGUGCGCGAACUGCGCGUAGAGUUAAAGUUUAGAGAACAAAAGCAUAUUAAGGGUUAAGGGUGGUAUUAAUCAAAAGCGUGGCUAGAACCAGUGAUUGAUACAAUAAUCUUCUUGUAUGUGCAGUUAAAUUCAAUUGAUGUUGUUAAUUAGUGGCGUGUGCGUCCGACUGAUCGAGGCGGGGAAACAAAAAGCUCCUAGGCAUAAUGUUUCACAACAAUACACAGACAAACAAACAACAUAAAAGCGCAGUAAAAAGUAUAAAACAAAAGCGAAGAAUAAUCUUUCACGCCAGGAACGCCCCACAUCAGUGCGCAUGAUAGUUAUCGUUAGUUACUACAAUAUCGUUACUCGAAAACAAAACAAAAAUCAAAGGCUGAACACUACCGGAUUGUGGCACAAUUAGCAUGUGAUUGGCCUUCUAUCAAACGUAUUGAAAUCGUACAUGCAUGGUAAUACGCAAGAAUCAAUAGGCAAAUGGUUAGUAACCAACUGAAAGCAGCGACAAAACAGCGCGUCUGCGAAACGCGUAAAUGUGUUCUUGUUUCUUUCGCUUCUCGUAAAGCUUGUCAAAGUCAAAGCGGCACUCCCCCAAAACCUUUACUAAGAAGGAACAAGGGAGUGAAUAAGAAACGUUAGAAAGUAUUCGCCUAUAAUAAUUAAAACCCUCUCCCAUAUUAAUAAAAUAUUCUUGUGUAUAAUAAUACAGAGAAGAAAUGUCGUUUGGAAUAGUUGUGCCGCGAGGGGGGGCGCUGUGUGUAUGUGGCUAAAGCUCUUUCACAAAAUCGGAUGGUACAUGAAAUGGUACGCCUGUGGUUCGCUGUAAGGCGAAAGUGUGUGCAAAUAUGAUUACUAUUAUCUAUGGCAUAGUAUGAUAAAGUAGAGGAGAAACAUACAAUACAAAAAUAACUUUAGACAAACACGCAGAGCUACAAAUCUGACGGUGAAAUAAUAUUCUUUAUCGAUGAAAAUAAAAAAAUACUAAAUCCCACAACACUACUAUUUCGUAGCACCUAGCAUACUGCGCGAAUGUUUUACGA